ACAUCUGGAUCCUCGCGACACUGACCCUGUAGCCCCUGUGCUGCCAGGACACCUUCUGUCCCACCACGAUUCCAGUAUGGUUUACGGUGGAAACAAAGGGCUGAUCCAAGAAGACACCUUAGAUGAAUACUUUGAAUACGAAGCGGAGGAAUUCCUUGUCAACUUGGCCCUGUUGAUUACUGAAGGCAGAACACCCGAAUACUCAAUUAAGGGCAGGACUGAAGGCUUUCACUGCCUAGGUCGUGUCAGUUCAGCGGAUGUCAGUGUAACUUUAGGUUGUUUUAUUCUUUUAUUCAAGUGCCGUCAAGCUAGGCUUACCCGAUCUGAAGUUGCAUUGCUGUGGAAGAAAAAUAUUCCUAUUAUGAUAGAAGUGAUGCUACUUCCAGACUGUUGCUAUAGCGAUGAAGGACCCGCGACGGAAGGGAAUGACUUAAAUGAUCCUGCAAUCAAGCAAGAUGCACUGUUGUUGGAAAGAUGGAUUUUAGAGCCAGUUCCACGGCAAACUGGUGAUCGAUUUAUUGAAGAGAAGACCCUCUUAUUGGCUGUCCGCUCUUUUGUGUUCUUUUCUCAGUUAAGUGCUUGGCUGAGUGUGUCACACGGAGCCGUGCCUCGUAAUAUUCUUUACAGAGUGAGUGCCGCUCAUGUGGAUUUGCAGUGGGCGUUUUCCCAGACACCAACAGAACAUCUUUUCCCUGUCCCCAACGUUUCUCACAACGUGGCCUUGAAAGUCAGUGUCCAAUCUCUGCCCAGACAAUCGAACUACCCAGUCCUGACCUGCAGCGUUCAUGCCAACUUCGGCUUCUAUGAAAAGAGAGAAGAGAAUAAUGUACAUCAGCACUGCGAUUCCAUUAAGACCGAACAGUCCAGUGUGCCCAACUCACAGCGUUCUUGUGGCAAACUGAUGUGGGCUGAAAGCGUGCUUGGCAUAAGACAAGGUCCUGAGUUUAACCCUGCUGUCCGAAACCUGAAAUUUUAUCCAUUAGCUGGCCUUGGAUCUGACUUUGGAUCGUUAGAAUCGAAAGUUCAGGGCUACACGGAGAGGAGGGCGCUGUUGCCAGAAACACCAGAGAGAGCUUUGAAAUCAUCCUGCUUGGCUGAUACCCAUGGCCAUAAUAGCAGCUCUUCCCGCCAGUCAUUGGGAGAUUCGAUUCCUUUGAUAGGCUCUUUACUCCAAGAGCGCCAUGAAGUUAUAGCAAGGAUCGCCCAGCAUCUCGUUCACUGUGACCCGGCAGCCUCCCCCGUCACGAGGAAGGCUUUUAGUACGAAUGACACCGGUGUGGCAAACGCCAAGGCUCUACGUCAUGCCCCUGUAGAGAAAAACCUGCUGAAGAAAGGAAGGGAAUUGCCCUCCCUUGCUGCUAACUCUGAACACCACUCUUCAGAAAAUGUUGGGAAGGCCCAAAUAAUACCAGAAGCACCCUUGUCUCGCUCCCACGCUCCCCCGAACCAGUGUUUCCGCCAGGCGAGAGAGGAAACCAACCCUCUCAUAAGCUCUCUACUUCAAGAGAGGCAGGAGGUUAUCACAAGGAUUGCCCGACACUUGAUUCAUUGUGAUCCACCGCCAUCCCAAGGCGCACCUCCCGUGUUCAGUUUUCACGACGUUCCUGCCGUUAAUCCAAAGGCUUUUCACAGUUCCUGUGAAGAGGGAAGCCUGCUGAAGAAACACAAAGAAGCCCCUUCCGAUUCCUCCUCUCGUUCUAGACUAGCUUUACCAGCAGAUGACCCCAACGCAAAAAUUAAAACACCAACAACCCCGUUGCAUUCGCUUAGACGUGACGUCGACCAGAACGUGUCUCCCAGCUUCAGAAGAAAACUGCUGCCAGCAGAGGCCAAUGAAGUAGUCCAAAACACAUUUCGUCAGUCUCCUCCCAGUAGAAGUAAAAGUCCUCUAACUUGCAUGACCCAAUCAUGUAGCCAAGAAAGUUAUAAACCAGAAUUGACCGGUAAAUUGGAGUCUGUGCUUUCUGGUUGUCCCCAUAAACCUCAAGUAGCAAAGAGAGGCACCGCCAAGCCCUGUUCGCAUUUCAGAUGUAGUAAUGAACUGGUUUGUAGAAGUAAAUUUAAGGACAGAACGAUCUCUUGUGAAAACAGCGACCCACACUGUUCAAAUAAUCCCCAGGUGGAUCAGCACCGAAUACUUGAAAAUGUCAAAGCAGCUACGGUCUCAGCCUCGGAGAUCUGGCACAAAUACGCGUCCAGGCACUUAAAUAAAGACUCCAAACAAUCAAAUGUUUCUGAACAAAACUCUCAGCUCACUAGUAUUGAAAACUAUUUACAUAAAGACCAUGACAUUAUCAAAUGCACAAAUAAACAAGACAGGGCGAAAAAUACCAACGAUGAGAACGACUGUGAGGUGCAGAGGCAUUGUCAGAAGAAGCCUGUGGAAGAUACUUUGGCUGCCUUUUUUGAACAAAGGAAGAACGCAGAGGUGCUGAAAACAAGACCGCUCAAACAUGUGUGGCACAAAGGUAAUUUUCACCACUUGGAUGGGACUUCUACCAAGGCCUUCCACCCCCGAACUGGAUUACCUCUCCUUUCAAGUCCAGUUCCUGAAAGAAAAACUCAGACAGGAUGUUUUGAUCUUGAUGCAUCAUUGUUGCAUCUGAAAUGUCUGUCAUCCAAAAGUCCACAACGAUAUAUAAGCAAAGAGAACGAUUCCGACAUCCACGAGAAAGCACUCCUAAGUUCCAGUUCACCCUCUGUUACAAGUCUUAGCCUUCUCGGAAACUUUGAGGAAUCUGUACUGAACUAUCGUUUAGAUCCGCUGGGUAUUGUAGACGGCUUCACCGCGGAAGUGGGAGCCAGUGGACUUUUCUGUCCAACUCACAUGACUCUUCCGGUUGAAGUUUCUUUUUACAGUGUUUCUGAGGACAACGCGCCCUCUCCAUAUAUGGGUGUAAUCGCUUUAGAGUCCCUUGGUAAAAGGGGUUAUCGGGUGCCUCCUUCAGGAACCAUACAAGUGACCUUAUUUAAUCCUAACAAGACUGUGGUGAAGAUGUUUGUGGUGAUCUAUGACUUACGAGAGAUGCCUGCCAAUCACCAGACAUUCUUGCGGCAAAGAACUUUUUCUGUCCCUGUGAAGCGAGAAACAAGAAAAAGCAUUCUUCAAGAAAACACUCGGCAUAUUGAAGAGAGACUAUUACGCUACCUCGUUCAUCUGAGGUUCCAGAGUUCCAAGUCUGGAAAGAUCUACCUCUACAGAGAUGUAAGACUUCUGUUUUCCCGAAAAUCUAUGGAAGUGGAUAGUGGCGCUGCAUAUGAACUCAAAUCUUACACUGAAUCUCCAAUGAAUCCUCAGUUUUCACCCCGGUGUUAGCAAAACACAACCGUGAAACUAUCCUCAAUUACCAGAUUAUUAUUCAAGACAAAACAAUAAAAUAUCCUGUGCAAAACCUGAAUCGUGGAGGUAGUGAGAAGGAUGGUCAAAUGGGAGUCAAAAUCUCUUGGACCAGUUCAGAAAAGUUUUUAGAAUGAGCUUUGUGUAUUCUGAAUAGACUGGAACACACUUAGUCGUAACCUUUUUAUACUCGUUUUAAACCACUUCAUUGGAUGUGUUGCAAUAGCAGAUUCCCAAAUUAGUUUAGUGUUUACACCUUAUUUUAUUUUUAUUUUUGGGCUAUUUAAUAUUUAAUGUUCCUUUCACUUAAAAGUGAUGUUUGUCUUUACUGUUCUAAUGUAGCACAAAUCCGAUGUAAAAUCAUACUACGUAUUUUUGACAUUAAUAUUGAAAUCUUGAAAUAUAUACAGAACCUUUACUUCGA